AUGAGUAAAACGGAAUACACAUAUGUCAAUGAACAUUUAAUAUCACCGUCAUUAACUUGUCCUAUUUGUUUGAAUAUUCUUGAAGAUCCAUAUACACAUACAUUAUGUGAUAGUGCAUUCUGUCGUUCAUGUUUAGAACAGUUAGUUGACGCUAACUGUCCAAUAUGCCGUUCUUAUUUCGACAACAUAUUACCUAUUGAUUACAAUAGACAAUUACCAAAAUCCAGUCGACUUAUUCGCAAUAUGCUCGAUGAAUUACUUGUUGAAUGUGCUCAAUGUCAUACAAUUCGUCAUCGUGCAGAAUUUGAACAUGAUUGUCAACCGAUGAAAAAUUCUUCGUCAACUAAAACUGAACAAUCGCAUAUUGUUCAUUUGAUUUUAUCUGCUUUUAUUGUUCUAUUAUCGAUUUUAAUUAUUUAUUACAAUCGACAUUUUGUUUUUGAAACGGCUGUUGAUCGUCGAAAGGAAUUAAUCAAUGAUAUCGCUAUUGAUAUUGAUAAAUUUUUAUUCGAUAAGAUUUACUAUUUAAUAGCUAAAAUUAUUGAAUAUUCUAUACCAAUUUUCCUAUUGAAUCUAUUUCUAUGGUUUAUUGUAUUAUUCUAUGGCGAUCGAUUUACGUCAAAAACAGCUAGUCGAUUAUUAGCAAAAUUUAUUGAAAUAUCAACUAUUGUUAUCCUGAUAGGAUACUCUGUUUAUUAUUAA